GCCGCUGCCCUGAGCGCCCGGCCCGGCUCCAUUCGCGCCUCCCCCGAGCCCUUGGCGGAGCAGCGGCGGGGGAGCCCCGGCCGGGGCCAUGUCCAACCCGGGGGCCCGGCGGAACGGGCCCGUCAAGCUGCGGCUGACAGUACUGUGUGCAAAAAACUUGGUGAAAAAGGACUUUUUCCGACUUCCUGAUCCCUUUGCCAAGGUCGUGGUGGACGGAUCUGGCCAGUGCCAUUCUACAGAUACUGUGAAGAAUACACUUGAUCCCAAAUGGAAUCAGCAUUAUGACCUAUAUAUUGGGAAGUCGGAUUCAAUAACAAUCAGUGUGUGGAAUCACAAGAAAAUUCAUAAAAAGCAGGGAGCUGGUUUUCUGGGCUGUGUGAGACUCCUCUCAAACGCAAUCAACCGCCUUAAAGACACUGGUUAUCAGAGGUUGGAUCUGUGCAAGCUUGGGCCAAAUGACAACGAUACUGUUAGAGGACAGAUAGUAGUCAGUCUCCAGUCCAGAGACCGGAUAGGCACAGGAGGACAAGUUGUGGACUGCAGCCGCUUAUUCGAUAACGAUUUGCCAGAUGGGUGGGAGGAGCGCAGGACUGCUUCUGGAAGGAUCCAGUAUUUAAACCACAUCACACGGACAACUCAGUGGGAGCGACCCACACGGCCGGCGUCCGAGUACUCGAGCCCGGGCAGGCCCCUGAGCUGCCUGGUGGACGAGAACACCCCCGUGGGCGGCACCAACGGCGCGUCCUGCGGGCAGGCGGCGGACCCGCGGCUGGCCGAGAGGAGGGUGCGCUCCCAGCGCCACAGGAACUACAUGAGCAGGACUCACCUGCACACCCCUCCCGACCUGCCCGAGGGAUACGAGCAAAGGACAACUCAGCAAGGUCAGGUCUAUUUUCUGCAUACUCAAACUGGUGUCAGCACGUGGCACGAUCCAAGAGUACCUAGGGAUCUUAGCAACAUCAAUUGUGAAGAGCUUGGUCCGCUGCCUCCUGGAUGGGAGAUCCGAAAUACAGCAACAGGCAGGGUUUAUUUUGUUGACCAUAACAACAGGACGACGCAGUUCACGGACCCGCGGCUCUCUGCAAACCUGCACUUGGUCCUGAACCGGCAGAACCAGCUGAAGGACCAGCAGCACCAGCAGCAGCAGCAGGUGGUGUCCCUGUGCCAGCUCCCCGACGAGGCCGAGUGCCUGACGGUGCCGCGCUACAAGCGCGACCUGGUGCAGAAGCUCAAGAUCCUGCGGCAGGAGCUGUCCCAGCAGCAGCCCCAGGCUGGCCACUGCCGCAUCGAGGUGUCCAGGGAGGAGAUCUUUGAGGAAUCCUACAGGCAGGUCAUGAAGAUGAGGCCAAAGGACCUGUGGAAACGAUUAAUGAUAAAAUUUCGUGGGGAGGAAGGCCUUGAUUAUGGAGGUGUUGCCAGGGAGUGGCUGUACCUGUUGUCCCAUGAAAUGCUGAAUCCAUACUAUGGGCUCUUCCAGUAUUCCCGAGAUGACAUCUACACCCUGCAGAUCAACCCCGACUCCGCCGUCAACCCGGAACACUUGUCCUAUUUCCACUUUGUGGGCCGGAUCAUGGGGAUGGCUGUGUUCCACGGGCACUACAUUGACGGCGGCUUCACGUUGCCUUUCUACAAGCAGUUGCUGGGGAAGCCAAUUACCUUGGAUGACAUGGAACUGGUGGACCCUGAUCUCCAUAACAGCUUAGUCUGGAUACUUGAGAACGACAUCACCGGGGUCCUGGACCACACGUUCUGUGUGGAACACAACGCCUACGGGGAGAUCAUUCAGCACGAGCUGAAACCCAAUGGCAAAAGCAUCCCCGUGACAGAGGAGAACAAAAAGGAAUAUGUCAGACUUUAUGUGAACUGGCGGUUUUUACGAGGAAUUGAAGCUCAGUUCCUGGCGCUCCAGAAGGGAUUUAAUGAAGUAAUCCCACAACAUCUGCUGAAGACAUUUGAUGAGAAGGAGUUGGAGCUCAUCAUUUGUGGACUGGGAAAAAUUGACGUUAACGACUGGAAGGCGAACACCAGGUUAAAACACUGUACCCCGGACAGCAACAUCGUGAAGUGGUUCUGGAAAGCUGUGGAGCUCUUCGACGAGGAGAGGCGGGCGCGGCUGCUGCAGUUCGUGACCGGCUCCUCCCGGGUGCCCCUGCAGGGCUUCAAGGCGCUGCAAGGUGCUGCAGGCCCUCGACUCUUCACAAUACACCAGAUUGAUGCCAGCACUAACAACUUGCCGAAAGCUCAUACCUGCUUCAACAGGAUCGACAUUCCCGCCUACGAGAGCUACGAGAAGCUCUACGAGAAGCUGCUCACGGCCAUCGAGGAGACCUGUGGCUUCGCUGUGGAAUGACCCUCCCAGCUCUCCCAGACUCUAUUUAUACUCCUGUCAGCCACAAAGCCCUUCCUUCCCUCAGCCAAGACUCAAGAAAUGCUUGAAAUACAGGAAACUUUCCCUUUUCUACACUAGGACACUGGGAGGGAAAGGACAACUUUUGGAUUUUUUUUUUAAUUUUUUUAAAUUUUUUAUUUCAAGAAAAUAGGUCCUGUGGUUCCUGCCAUAGGAUCAUUCAGCUGCUAUUAAAAACUAAUAUCUUGAACAUACAGAAUGCUGACUUUUCCUACAUUUCAACAGUUAAGCAGUAUUCUAUACUUAAAGACUACUACUAUUUUUGUAAGAGGUAAUCUAUUAUAUUUGCCUACCUGAUUUCUAUUCUCAGAUACCAAGACACAACUUCAGCAGUCGGUACAAGUCACGUUUCAGCCUGUUUUAAAUGUAUGAUACUGAACAGCAUUAUACCUGUUAUUUUUGGAAAAAAAGUAUUUUGGAUUAUUCUAACUUUGCAUAAAAUUGGCUGAAAGAAUCAUUAAUCUUUUUAAUGAAAGCCACUUACAUGUUAACUGCAUUUUCUUAUAGUAAACCAUUAUAUUCUGCAAUGUAAAUUCCAGGUAAAUGUUGCCACAGGGGCUUUUUUUAUAUUUUUCAAACAGGAAUUCUGAAUAUGACGUUUUGGGGUCCUAUUUAUAUCAUUUGUCAGAUUCCUCCAGCAGAAUUUCUAGUGAGUGACACAGACUGUAUUUGGUACAGUCCUUGUGUUUACAUGUGGAAGAACCUUUUCUUAAUGAACAGUAGAUAUUUUGAUUUUUUUUUUUUAACAGCAUUUUUCUAACAAGUCUGUCAAGAGUAUUUUUUUGUUGCUUUUGACCUUAAAUUGAAGCACUGCAUUUUCCAGCUGUUGAAGCACUGAUGGGCUUUGCCAGCAGAAGCCUGUCAGCAGUUUGUUCCAGAAUCCAUCCUGUCCAGUCAACCAAAGUUUGUUUGAAUGCAGCCAAAUCAUGUUCUGUAUUUGUUGAUGCUAAAGAUUUAUCAGGUAAAACACGUUGUAAUCUUUGUCCAGCUGCUCAUGACACGUGGGUUUAAGUUGCAACUAAGGAAAAAUGGUGUAUUGACUGAAAUAUGUGUAAUGUGCUUUGGAAAUGAGGUUGUAAGAGCACAUAAUUUAUUGAUUGUAGGGAUGGAAGUAAGUAUAUAUAUGAUUUAUAGCAUGGGUUGAUCUCUUCAAAGGGGAAUAAAAUGCACUACCAGUAGAGGGAACUGAACUUUGACGUUAGUUUGGAAAUUCUCAGUCGAGAUCUGUCUGAUCUGCUCGUGCUGUGUGGAUAAAUCAGGCUGCUCAGAGACAGUGCCAUUCUCCUCUCAGCCAUGAGAAUAUUUGGAAUAAGCAGCAGGUUUUUUUCAAUCAGUGUUGUGUUUUUGUAACUUAGGUUACAAUUAAUCAUCAAAUCUGCACUAUUUUUUCACUGCCAGUGAGAAGAGAGUCAAAGGUAUUGAAAACGCUAAAGGGAUGGGAUGUAACCAGCUGUUCCAUGUGUGCAUGGAAGUCACACUGAACCAGCUCUUUUGCUGUCUGUUCUGUGCAGCUUGAACUAAAUUUUGCUCUGCCACAGUGAGUAAACUACUACUGGAUGUUGUGUGUUAGAAUAGUGGGCAAGGGACUGCUUUCACGAAAUUGUGGUAAGAAUCUGGUGAGCCAAAUCCGAGUUGAUUUUUUUUUUUUGUACAGCUGGCAGGUUUGUUCCAAGGGACUUCUUCCCUUUCUGGGCUGGCUGCAGGAGGAGGCUACUUAGGGAUGUAAAGAGAAAGCCAAGAGGCUUCAGUGACAGCCAGGUUUGAAACAUCAGAGCCUUUUCAUUCCAGUGCACUCUUGCACUCCUGGGUUGGUGCUUUUGCAGCCCUGCUGGGCUCCCCAGUUCAGAGCUCUCUGUCACUGGGGCAGCUGCCCUGGGCCUGGGCAGGUCUGGGGGAGCACAGCAAGUUCUGGCCCCGUUUGUCCCCCCUGGCUGGGGCACAGCUCCAGCCCUGCCAGGUGAGGCUGUGAGUGACUGCAGGGUUUUACAGACAGGUUCUUGUGCCUGUUCACAGGAGAGACCCCAGUGUCAUAGAACUGACAGAAGUGUUUGUUUUUUUUUUUUUAUCCCCCUGUGCUUGCCCAGGCUGUGGCUGCAGCCUCCCUGGCCACAGAACAUGGCAAAUAUAAAAUCUGGCUAGUGGGUUUAUGGAAUGCACAGUUAUGAUCACCUUGCUGUCAUAAAAGCAUCUUUGGGGAGGGAGGGAGAUGAGCUCUGCAGAAAAGAGAUCAGAGAUCAGCUGAUAAUUACAUUCAUUUCACAGCAGCCUUAGCAGUUGCAUCUGCUUUCCUACCAAAUAUUUUGGUAUGGCAUUGAGAAUUUUUUUAACUGCCACAGAUAUUGUAAAUUUAAUAUAUUAUAGGCAAAACUAGACAAAUCUGCAUUGAACUUUCCAUAGCUGACAGAUGAGGAUGAAUAUACCAAGUAUUUUGAGUGCCUUUCUACCUUCAUAAAGACUGAGAGCUUUAACUAAAGCACCUCAUCACCCAGUCAGAUGUUUAUCUGAAAGUGGUAAAGGGUUUAUUCCUUUCCAAAAUUUUGUUUCAAGAACAUGUCAGCUACUUUCCCCUCUAAAAGGUGCUAAGCCUAAUAUUGCAUUUUCACCUUGGACUUUCACCCCAUGAUUAAUGUGAAUAUUUAUUUCAAUGUGUCCCUCUUACUGGGUUUUACUUUAUCCAGUCUUUAGUUGUUUUAGAGAGAUGUCACAUCAUGGUUUUAUGCUGUUGCUUUUCAUUAUGAAUGUUUAAUUAUGAACAGUGACUUUUGUAGAUUUCAAAUAUACAGUUCACAGUUGAGUUUCAGAGGAUUUAAUUUCUCGGUGUAAAGAGUUUUGUAAUGGUGCUUUGUACAGUAUGUAUUCUAAUUUUUUUUUGCACAUAGGUUCAGUUUCCCUAAACUGAUUUAUUUGUACCAAAUUUUUGUGUUGUAUUAAAGUCCAGAGCACACAAGCUGUUUUGAAAUUCCUGUUCUACAACACUACAUCUGUACUGAACUCCUGGUGCAUUUUAAAGGCUGCAUUGAUGGAAGUUCAAGCUUUGCUCCUCUCUCACAGCACCAUCCUCCAGCUCGAUGUAGCAUCUUUUUAAACAGCACCACACAGUUAACAGGUGCCAUUUGUUGUACUUUACACUAUCUAGUAGGUUCCUGGCUCUACACAUCCUCAGAGCUUUGUCUGUAGUUGUAAUUAGUUUAUACAAGUGUAAUUACUCCUCCACAAACUGACAGUUCUUAGUUUAUCAUUUCCAUUGUAUUUAUUACAGAGUGUUUUAGCGUUGGUAUCAUUGUAUUUUCACCCAGCUGUUACAUGAGCUUUAACAAAAAAAAAAAUCUGUAUAAAAUGGUUUUUAAGUACUUAAUGUAUGUACCCAUGCAGAAGUUGAGCAAUAAAUUGUAUGCUGUUUGCACUGUCACAGCAUCAAUGGUUUUAAAA